AUGAAGUUCACCAGUUUGCUUUUGCUCCCGUUGUUGCGUAUCGCCGCGGGCCAACUUAUCGGCCCCGUCGGUCCAACAACCGACCUCCAAGAUAAAACAUAUGAAUGCAACAUUCUUGAUUAUGGCGCUGUAGCUGAUAACAAGACUGACAUCUCUACUGCGCUGGAGACGGCUUUCUCAGACUGCGUUCGCAAACAUCCGGGUAGCCGACUCAUUGUCCCCGAAGGCGAGUAUCUCAUCGAGCGAGGUGUCACUCUCCUCAAUGGUACCAAUUGGGCAUUCCAGUUGGAUGGACUGAUCACAGCUGCAUAUGGCGGCGACUGGGAUAUUGCACGUGAGUUGCUACUCCAAGGGUUUGCAGGCACAGAGAUCAUCAAUGCCACUAUCAAUGGGGAGGGUGAUAAUAAAUUCUUAUUAGAUGUGCUCGUCAUCGUCAAUGCUGUCGAUUUCGAGUUCUAUUCUUCCAAUGGCAAAGGUGCCUUCCAAGGACAGGGUUAUCUCUACCGAAACCUUGGAAACACGGGUCGCCCGCGCCUGGUGCGUUUGAUCUCUCCGACCAACGCCUCCGUCCAUGACUUGAUUCUUGUCGACAGCCCCAAGUUCCACAUUAUCUUGGACUUUGCCAUCAACGUUGAAGCCUACCAUUUGACCAUCCGAGGAGCAAACCUGGGUAGUUAUGAUGGUAUCGAUGCCAUUGGUUCCAACUAUUGGAUCCAUGACAAUGAGGUUACCAACCGUGACGAGUGUGUUUCGGUGAAGAGUCCUUCUCACCAUGCCUUGGUUGAGAACCUGGUGUGCAACCAAGCAGGCUCUGGUAUCUCCAUUGGCAGCCUGAAUGCGUCUGCCGAAAUCUCAAACAUCCAUGCGCGCAAUAUUAACAUUAUCCAAGGUAACAACAUUGCUUUCAUCAAGACAUACCCUGGUGGAUCCGGCUACGUUACAAACAUCACUUUUGAGAAUUUCCGCUCUCUGGGAAGUCUUUAUGGCUUGGAUAUUAACCAGUACUGGCAAAAUACCUUUGAGCCCGACACUGGUGCUGUUGCAUUGAGCAACCUGGUUUUCCGAAAUUUCUCUGGCUCUGUUGCCGAUGGAACAAAACGCCCUCCCCUCUACCUCGUUGCGAAUGAUCUCACAUUUGCUACCAAUGUCACUGUUGAGGAUUUCUCAGUUUGGACAGAAUCGGGUACUAAGGUUGUAAACAAGAUCAGCAACAUCUUUGGCACUGGAGACGACAGCUACGGGGCAAGCAAUGGUAUCAAGUCUCUCGGCGCGGGAGAAUCACCCUCGCCUUAUUCCAGCACCUACACCAUUACCGCCACCCCGACUGGCUGGAAGGCCCCCGCGACUCCUACUUGGGCUGUGCCCAGUACGGGUUAUGGAACUGCAUCUCCCAUUCCUGUCUACAGCCCUGCUCCUUUGUGGCGCCCAGGUGGUGUGGAUUACGAUUUGCACUACUGGGGAAGCUUCUAA